AUGAUAGUAGGUACAAGAGUAAAUCCUUAUUUUUAAAGCAAUCGUCGAGGUGGAAGUGCUAUAAAAUGUGGAAGGUUAGAAAAUAAUAGUAGUUUUUAAACUCCAAAAAUGAAAAUGCAAAACUCAGCUGAAGAUAAAUUGUUGAUGAAAUAAUCAGAUGUAAAUCAAUUAAGGUAGAGUCCCUCUUUUAAACUUAAAAAUACAAGAUUUCAUACUCCAGGAAAGCAUGAUGAGAUAAAGAAAUAAACUAACAUUUAAGAAACUUAUGCUCGUAAAACAAGAAUCACAGUCUUGGAAUCUUUCUAUCAUUAACUAGGGACUGAUGAUGACAUUUCAGUUGUAAAAAAUACUUAGUAAGUCAAAAGAAAAUUGAUAUAAAUAACUCCAUCUUCCUAAACUGCGUUCAUCUCGAAAAAAAAUUAAGAACUCGAAGAAGAAAGCAUUGAAGAAGCACAUUUCUAAUUUGUAUAAAUGCAAUAAAAAUAUAAAUAAUGGUUGGAGAAUUUUGAAAAGAAAAGUGGAAAACAACUUUGA